GUGUUCUUUGAGCGUUGUUGUGAAUUCAAUAUGGCGAAAGUUAGUGUUGUGUCCGUUUACAAAAAGAAGUCGGUAUGACGUGCUAAUACGAAAAUAAUUAAAAUAGAUAAAGUGCAUUUGAAAAAUAUCAUCGCAUUUACUUGUUUUGAGAUAAGAUAAAUUCAAUUAAAUUACAUUUCAUUGUUUGCCGAAGAUCCGUGUGUUUGCAUUUAAAGAAAAUUAGUCAAAUCUGCAUCCUUAAAUUUCAUUUUGCAAAAUUGAAUAGCAAAAUAUUGAUAUUCAGACGGAAUGUGGGAAAUUUGCCAGUAUAUAGAAAAGUAGUAGAAAAUUCCAAUCAUGACUGAUACAAGGAGAAGAGUGAAGCUAUAUGCAUUAAAUGCUGAUAGACAGUGGGAUGAUAGAGGAACAGGACAUGUUUCUUCAUCUUAUGUUGAUCGUUUAAAAGGAAUUUCUUUAUUAGUGCGUGCCGAAAGUGACAAUUCCUUAUUGCUAGAAUCCAAGAUUCAGCCUGAUACGGCUUAUCAAAAACAACAAGACACUUUAAUUGUGUGGUCUGAGGGUGAUAAUUUUGAUUUAGCUUUGAGUUUUCAAGAAAAAGUGGGUUGUGAUGAAAUUUGGGAAAAAAUUUGUCAAGUACAGGGUAAGGAUCCUUCAGUGGAAAUUACACAGGAUAUUGUCGAGGAGUCUGAAGAUGAAAGAUUUGAUGAUAUGUCUGAUUCCGCGCCACCUAUUGAGUUACCCAAUUGUGAACUCAGUCGUCUUGAAGAUAUCAGUGAGUUAAUAAGCAACUGUUUGAGUUCCCAAAUGAAAAAAGAAAAAUUAGCUACAGCAAUAGAAGGUGAAGGAUAUAUAAGAAAACUUAUUAAUUUAUUUCAUAUGUGUGAGGACCUGGAAAGUAUGGAAGGAUUACAUCAUUUAUAUGAUAUAUUCAAAAAUAUAUUUUUGUUGAAUAAAAAUGCUCUGUUUGAUGUUAUGUUUAGUGAUGAAUUGAUAUUUGAUGUAGUAGGCUGUUUAGAGUAUGAUCCUUCAUUACCAACUCCAAAGAGACAUAGAGAAUAUCUAAGGCAGCAAGCAAAAUUCAAAGAGGCAAUUCCAAUAAAAAAUGCAGAACUACUUUCAAAAAUUCAUCAAACAUUCAGAGUUCAGUAUAUUCAAGAUGUUGUGCUGCCAACUCCUUCAGUCUUUGAAGAAAAUAUGCUUUCAACAUUAAGCAGUUUUAUAUUUUUCAACAAAGUAGAAAUAGUGUCUCUAGUACAAGAAGAUGAAAAGUUUUUGACAGAACUUUUCUCAAUGUUAACAGAUCUAAGUACGCCUGAUACCAAAAGAAGGGACUUGGUGUUAUUUUUAAAAGAAUUCUGCAAUUAUUCUCAAAAUUUACAGCCGCAGGCUAAAGAAUCUUUUUACAAAACGUUAACAUCACUUGGAAUAUUACCAGCUCUCGAAAUAACUCUUGCUGUGGAUGACCUUAAGACAAAGACUGCUUCCAUUGAUAUACUUACUUAUAUUGUAGAAUUUUCACCAUCUGUAGUGAGAGAGUAUACCUUACAACAAGCCAGCAAUACAGAUGAGGAUCAAAUGCUUCUUAAUGUCAUUAUUGAGCAAAUGAUUUGUGAUAAUGAUCCAGAAUUAGGUGGUGCAGUUCAGUUAAUGGGCGUUCUUAGAUUACUUUUGGAUCCAGAAAAUAUGUUAGCUUCUGUUAAUAAAUCAGAAAAAACGGAUUUCCUCAAUUUUUUUUAUAAGCACAGCGUACACAUCUUGAUAGCUCCUUUAUUGGAAAAUACUGUUCAUGACAAACCCCAAAAAGAGGAUUACAGAAGUGUUCAGCUCUUGGGUCUAAUUCUUGAACUUCUAUCCUUCUGUGUAGAACAUCAUACGUACCAUAUAAAGAAUUGUAUUUUGAACAAAGAUUUACUACGUCGUAUACUCGUUCUCAUGAAAUCUAGACACAAAUUUCUUGUACUUUGUGCAUUAAGAUUUAUGCGGAAACUAAUAGCAUUAAAAGACGAAUUUUACAAUCGGUAUAUAAUUAAAGGAAAUCUGUUUGCACCUGUGGUAGAUGCAUUCGUUAGGAACAAUGGUCGGUAUAAUCUAUUAGACUCUGCUAUUAUUGAAAUGUUCGAAUUCAUCAAAGUGGAAGACAUCAAGACCUUAUGUUCUCACGUUGUAGAAAAUUAUGCUAAAUGCUUAGAUGAGAUUUGUUAUGUACAAACAUUUAAAUCACUCAAAUUGAGAUACGAUCAACACCAGGACAAGUUGAAGGACAGAGAAAGAAACAGUUUAGAUGGGGUACCAUCGAUAUUACGAAGUAGUCGUUACCGUAGGGACCAAAGACAAAUGGACGAAGAAGAAGAGAUGUGGUUUAACGAUGACGACGAUUUCGAAGAUAAUGAAACCGUUCUUACCGCUCCUACCGAUAUGCUGAGUAAGAAACUCGAUACUGAUUUGGAUAGUAUUGGUAAAAUAAUGGAGAAGAAACAACCGGAAGUAAAUGGUCCGAAAAUGAAUAAUAAUUCGUCGACGAAAAGUGCCGUUCAUAAUAAUAAUACAAGUACGGCGGGACAAACGGCGACGAGUCCUGUAGCUUCGAAUGAAACUAAAACACAACUUAUUAAAAGGGGUUUGGUAGAUUACGAAGGAGGUGACUCAGAUGAAGAAGACGACGACGGUGAAGUAUCCAAAAGGCCGAGACUCUCAUAGUCGAGUACACAAUCUGCAGGUAAGUGCGUUACAGACUAUGGUAACGUACCGCAAAGUGUGAUCUCAUAGUGAAUUGUGUGUAAAACACGAACGGUCAAUUAUUAUUAAAACAAAAAAAGAAAAAAAGAAAAAACGCAACUCGCAAUCGGUCAGUGGCAAAAUUGCAGCCGUAAAAAUGGCGACUUUUGUUGUGUUAUUCAUAUCCUUCAAGUUGUUCUUUUUCUAUUGUAGAAAAUACAAUUUUUUAAGGAGACUUAACUUAUAUACCAAGUGAUGACACAAAAGAUCUAUUUAUAUAUACAUACGUUGUCUUUUGUUUUUGAGAAGACUAAAUUUAUGAAAAAGCACAACUUUUUUAACUUGUAGGUCUAUUGUAUUACCGCAAUACACAGCGUGUAUCUGUAAUUUAUUAAUGACAUAAUAAAACUGAUAAAAAAAUACAAAACAAGAGGUUUAAUUCCAUGUAUAUGAAUUUUUAGAGUUUUUUAAACAGAAAUCAGUCUAUUUAUAUAUGAGAAUAUAUUUAAAAGGAAUAUUAUUCUUUCUCAGAACUCAAAACUAAAUAGAAAAGAUCGUAUUCAAAGCAGUUGUAAAUAAUUUUAUGGUGUAUGCUUAGAAAAUUGAAGAUCUCUUUUUCAAGAGGCUGAAUGAUUGCUGUGUUUUUUACAAGUACUUACCUUUUUUUAUUUCAAUUACAAACGUGUAAAUGUAUAAUUAAUUUUUUUAUUCGAUGAUAUCAAACCACAAUGGAUUUUACUAUAAUGAACAAAAUACAUUUUUCACUUCUUAAGUCUAUUGCCUCCUGAAUAUAAAAUGAGUACCAAAAUACAUACAGUUUUCUACUGUACAAAGAUUUUUUGUUAUUAAUUAUCAAAUUGUAAUUUAUAAAGUGGAAACAAUAAAUUAUGAGCUUAAGUUAUUCACAUUUUCAACAAUUUCUUCAAUUUUAUGUUUAUACUUGAAUUUUUCUGCUAUUUCCUUGGUCGUUAAUGUAGUUUGAUUUUUUAUUAUACUGAUGAUUUUAAUCCUUUUUUUCAAAUGCUAUGUAAUACCAUCACAACUUCUUGAUGCUUUAGAUUAAAAACUACUGAAAUUAUUUGAUAAUAUUCUUUAUGUCUCAUUCUAAUUUCAUAUUUAGUAAAAUAAUUUGAUAAAUGUUGAAAACGUCCUUGUCAGUGUUGUAGUGAUGAAAUUUGCUGCUCCGGAACUGUAAGUAGUGGCAAAACAGCCAAAGAUUAUUUAGGUUGAGCCCCGUAAGAGAAAUAAGACAUGCCUUAACUAUCAAUGAAUUUCUUGUUGGUGUAAUUUUGCAGCUUCAAUUAUCGAGUUCUAACAUUCCGGCCCCAUUUCACCAGUUGUCAUGGCAAGGAUAGCUGUCAAGCAAUUAUUAUAGUCAUUAUAAAAUUAGAAUAAGUCAUAAAGGAUAUAAUAUAUUGUCAAAAUAUUCAAUUACUCUAAAAUCUAAAGCAUCAAAAACAAUAAAUCGUUUAUAUGAGAUUCCUUCGAAAUAAUUUUGAUACUGUUCACAUAGGACAAACAUCUUAAUAUUUAUAUAAUAGAUUGAGCAAUCAUAAAUAAAACAGCAUUAACACAACACGAAAUAGAAGAAAACCAAAGAUAUCAGUUUAUAUUUUACUAAAGAUUUAGUUUGAAACCUCGAGAUUAUAUUUACUAAAAUGGACUUAGAAUCGAUAACAAACAUUCAAGAAAUGAAGAUUUAAGAAUAAUACCAUUUUGUGAAGAUCAUUUUUUUACUAAAUAAACUUGAUCUUUUUAAUAAUCUCAUUCUUUAUUAAACUGAAUUCCAUAAUAUACUUUCAAAUAGUCCAUAAGAACAAUAAUUCAAUGUCUGAGGCUUUUCUUUAGCUAAAAGUUUACGAUUGAAUAAUUGAUAUGUUUAAUAAUUUGAUUUGGUUCAACAUCAUCAUUUUAUUGUAUUAAACACGCUGUAUACUACCCCUAUUCAACAAUUACAAUAUUUGUACUGACUAAUACAUGUUAUUGCCUUGAUGUAAAUCUUUGUUGUCUAGUGACCAAGUGCAUGUUGAACAGUGUUUUUAUAUGUAGAGGUAGUAAAAUUUAUAAAAUUUAAAUAUGAAUUCGGUAUUUGUUUCAAAAAGUCCUUACAAAAAAAUUAGAAAUGAAGUGAAAUAAAAUCAUCGAAGUAACUAUACAUAUUAUACGAAGAAAAAAUAUCAGGUGAAAACAGGUAAAAUUAAAAUUCUCAGUCUUUUAUUACUAACAUUAGAAAAUACAUGUUUGUUUUUGAUAAAAAAAAGGUAAUGACAGGAUGUCAUAUAAAUUGUUCAUAACUGUGAGGUUCUAAGCAUUGUGAAAUUAGCCUAAGUUAUAUCUAGCAGUAGAUAGCAUUUAGUAUCGAAUAUAUCCUCUAAAAAAAUGUGUAGUGUCAUUGGAGUGCUUAGAGUUCUUAAUACUUUGUACCGUUUCUGUUCUUUAUGAUUUAUGCGUAGAAAAUCGUUUAUUUAACGUAGUGUCGUCUGAAGAUAAUUAGUUAUAUUCUAAUUUGGGAAAGUAUUUGUUUAGUUUUGAAUUAAUUCCAUUUAAGUAUUGAGACAAUUUAUGUAUAUAACUAUUUUCGCUUUCUCCCAUUAUUUUGUGUUCCUUUGGAUCCAUGGGGGAUGUGUGUAUGUAUAUAUGUUUUCAAAUUUAUUUGAUAUAAAAAUAUAGUGUGAAAAAUCAGUUAAAAUAAAUUAUUUAUACCUUAAAUAUGAUAAAAAUGCUCAUGUCUUUUGUAUCACAAUCUUACUGUUUUUGUUGGUGCCUAUUUUGAUAAUAAAUGUUUAAUAUUGACUAGUUUUUAAUCAAAUAUUCUGAAUACACAAAUUUCUACCUACAGUUGUUUGAGAUUAUUGCCAUAGAUUGACAUUGACAUCAAAAAUCCGACCAUUUUGAAAUUUCCAAUUGGCUGCUAGUUAUACUCGUGAUACUUUACUGAUUUAAGCAUAUUGAAUGAGCAAUUGGAAGUGAUGGGAAUUUAUUUCCUUUGGGUAAUAAACAGCUUUGGAGUUUUUUGUAGAGCUAGGAAUAAAAGGUAUGCCAAUUUCUUUUAUGUCGUUGCAAAAACAAAGUCCAUCUUCUUUUGUAAAAAACGUUGAGAACGUUUCAUGCCUAAUUCGCUGAUCUUUGUGAUAUCAAGGACAUUAGCAAGUAAGUUCCACUGUUUUAAACGAGAGCCUGAAAGUUCUGCUUUAUUUUUCGGUAAAUUGGUUCGCUUCGCAGAGAAUGGUUCAUAUUUUAUGUCUCGAACUUUAAUAAAUUGUUGUUUAUCACUCGAUUACCAUCUGGAGGCACUGAAUGUAAAAACCCUACUCUGAUCUAGCAGUAUUUUUAAAUGUAUUAUAACUGAUUGAAAUUAAUAAAAAAAAUUGAAAAUGA